AUGUCGCUGGAACCGGAGGGGAACAACCGGCUCCUGCAAGACGUGCUGGCGAGACCGGGCAAUGAAACGUGCGCGGACUGCGGCAAUCCAGAGCCGGACUGGGCGUCGCUGACUUUGAGUGUGUUUGUUUGCCAGGCCUGCUCGCUCCUUCACCGGAGCAUCCCCCACAUCAGCAGGGUCAAGUCUGUCCAGGACACGUGGGAUGCCAGCGAGGUGGAGUUGAUGGCUGCUACAGGAAACAAUUCAGCCAAGGCCAAAUACGAGCAGAAGGUUCCUGCUUUCUACUACAGACCAACACACACUGACUGCAAGAUGCUGAGAGAGCAGUGGAUCAGAGCCAAGUACGAGAGGAAUGAGUUUGAGUUUAUCGAGAAACAGGAGCCUUACUCUGCAGGGUACAGAGAGGGGUUUCUAUGGAAACGAGGAAGAGACAACGGUCAGUUUCUCAGCCGAAAGUUCAUCCUGACAGAGAGGGAGGGGGCGCUGAAAUACUUCAACAAGCAGGAUGCCAGGGAUCCCAAAGCGGUGAUGAAAAUCGAGACCCUCAACGCCACCUUCCAACCGGCCAAGAUCGGCAACCCCUGCGGCCUGCAGAUCACCUACCUGAAAGACAACAGCACAAGGAACAUCUUUGUCUACCACAGUGAUGCUAAGGAGAUGGUCGACUGGUUCAACGCUAUCAGAGCGGCCAGGUUCCACUACCUACAGGUGGCCUUCCCUGGAGCAAGUGACGAGGAGCUGGUGCCCAAACUGACCCGAAACUUCAUGAAGGAAGGUUUUAUGGAGAAAACAGGUCCAAAGCACACCGAGGGCUUCAAGAAGAGGUGGUUCACCAUGGACGACAGGAGACUCAUGUAUUUCAAAGACCCUCUGGACGCCUACGCCCGUGGCGAGGUGUUCAUCGGCAGUAAGGAGAACAGCUACACCGUCCUGUCCGGCUUGCCGUCCUCCACACAGGGCUACCACUGGAACCACGGCAUCACCAUCGUCACGCCGGACAGGAAGUUCCUGUUUGCCUGCGAGACCGAGGCCGAGCAACGGGAUUGGAUAUCUGCCUUCCAGAGGGUCAUCAAUCGACCAAUGAGGCCGCAGGAAUACGCAGUGGAGGCCCAUUUCAAACACAAGCCUUGAAGCCUGCUGGACGCCACAACUCAGCUGGACCGGCCCG